CAGAUGAAAAACGGUGUUUGGAGCCCACAAACAUCGAAGCGGACCGUUCGCCCCGAUAACCACAGGCUAAACUUUGGCUUUCAGAACCUGCAUCUUCAGCCCUUCGCGUUGAGGAGAGUCGCCGCUCCGCUGCGAUGGUGGAGGCUCCAGCUGGCUGUCUGUUUGAAGACAUCCAGUACGAGGACAUUCAAGUUGAAGCGGCUGUCGGCAGAGGGACAUUUGGAGUUGUCUUCAAGGCCAUAUGGAAAGGAAAGGAUGUAGCAAUCAAGACCAUUGAGAGUGAAAAUGAAAGGAAUGCUUUCCUUGUUGAGCUCCGCCAGCUCUCCCGGGUGAAUCACCCCAACAUCGUGAAGCUUUAUGGCUCCUGUGACAAUCCAGUGUGUCUGGUGAUGGAGUACGCAGAGUGUGGCUCUUUAUACAACCUCCUGCACAGUGCAGACCCUCAGCCCCACUACACAGCAGCCCACGCCAUGAGCUGGUGUCUGCAGUGCGCCCAGGGAGUCGCCUACCUGCACUCCAUGAAGCCAAAGGCCUUAAUCCACCGAGACCUCAAACCACCAAAUCUGCUGCUCGUGGCUCGGGGCACGGUGCUGAAGAUAUGUGACUUUGGCACAGCUUGUGAUAUUCAGACCUACAUGACCAACAAUAAAGGCAGCGCAGCGUGGAUGGCUCCAGAGGUGUUUGAAGGCAGUAACUACAGUGAGAAGUGUGACGUGUUCAGCUGGGGCAUCAUCCUGUGGGAGGUCAUCACACGCAAGAAACCCUUCGAUGAGAUUGGUGGUUCGGCAUUCUGUAUCAUGUGGGCCGUCCACAGAGGUACGAGGCCCCCCCUGAUCAAAGACCUCCCAGAACCCAUAGAGACUCUGAUGACCCGCUGCUGGGACAAGGAGCCCAGCCAGAGACCGUCCAUGGAGGAGGUGAAGAACACCAUGAACCACCUCAUGAAGUACUUCCCAGGCUCUGAUGAACCGCUCAAGCUCCCUCACCAGUCCUCAGCCAACAGGAGUGGCUCUUCAUCAGCCACGAGCACCGGGUCGUACGCUGACUACACCAUCAACAGUAACAAAAGCGAUGACAACACAGAAUGCAGGAACUCAAUGGGCAGAGAGGAAACGCUGAAGAGCUUCGAGGCCAAGUUUCCUCUACAGUUCAAACCAUUAAAGACAGCCACACUGCGGACUGGUCUGUCCAGGGUGUCAAGCAUGGACAGUCAACCAGGACGCUCCCAAAGCCCCACCUACUGCACCAGCCCUGUGACCACCACUGGCCAAUCAGAACUGAGGAUGACCUUUAGUCCUCCAGCCACCAAUGGUUUAGACAGCUCCAUGGCCUACCUGAAACUGGAUCAUCAGUUACAGCCUCUGGCUCCAUGUCCAAACUCCAAAGAGUCCAUGGCUGUGUUUGAGCAGCACAUCAGGAUGGCACAGGAGUACCUGAAGGUCCAGUCUGAGAUUGCUCACUUUGUCCGGAGGAAACAGGAACUGAUGUCUGAGCUGGAGCAGGACCAGAGGGAGCAGCAGACCUCGUCUCGAGUCAUCCAGGAGCACAGCAAGCUGCUGGAGGACAACAGCCACCUGUCGGCCUACCACCAGGGCCUGAAGAGCAAACUGAGCCUGAUCAAGAGUCAGAACCAGCACCACAGCUAGGACAGGAGGCCGGGCCACAGCAAACCAGUCUGUGUCUCCUCUGUUGGUUUUACUCUGUUUUACUGCCUGUUUCUCUGAAGGGAGGGGGGAAACACUCCAGCUCAGCGUAUCGUAGGCUAAGUCAUCAUCAUCAGAAAAUAAGACAUUUAAUUCACAACCAAACUAUGUAUCAAGACAACAUUAGAAUUAAAUUACUAGUUUGGACUACAAGUGUUAAAGUGCGACUGAAAUAUAAAUGCUCAUUUAGUUAUUUUCUGUAGAAUGAAAUCUAAGCUACAAUGAGGCCGCUGUCACAGCCAUGUUUGACAUCUGAGUGGGUUGAGUGUGAGCUGGUAUUGAAAGGACCUGUCAUGUUGUAAAAUGAAAAUGCUUAUUCUUAUAAUUGUGGCCUUUCUGACCAUACGUCACCUGCACUGUAGAGAUUUGUUCAGUCCAACUUCUGGGCAAAAAAACCUUGUGUGCCUCCUAAAGUUUAUCAAAUAAGCUUCACUUUUACAUAAAUAAUUUCAGACAUUUGUCAGUACUUCCCUAGAUUAGCUCCUCUAAAUAACUGAGGUCAACUGAGCUAGCUUGCGAAGUUUGCCCUGAUAUACAGUACGUUGUUUCGUGAAGGUGAUGAAUACAAAGGUAGCUUGACCCACAGUCAGAAAGGCCGCAGUUCUGAGAGUAAGAGCGAGGAUGGAUGGAAGCUAGUUAGCUCUGCUUGCUAACAUUAUCACCAAUCACAUCUCGCUAGCGUGAGCUCUCUUUCUUUCAUGGAUCCAGAUGUAGUAAUGACAAAUGACUGGACUGUAGGAUGACCUUUGACCUUUGACCUCAGCGCUCAGAACUUGACUGUGAUUUGAGUUACGGAUCGACGUACAGAGCGCUGAGGUCACCGAAGGUGGUGGGGCUAACUGGAAACAGCAGUUGACCCCCACCCUGGUUCAAACAUAUUUCCAGUUUAGGUUGUUGGAAAAUAAGCAAUAAAACAAACACUUUUUUUAGAGCCUGCACCAAUCAAAUUACAGUAUGAGCAUCGUAUGUCAGUGCCAAAAAUUCACACUAUAAAACACAAGAACAAUAACUAGAAUAUACAUUUCUUAGUUUUGGUGAUUCAAUUUUUAAUAUUUAUGAAACACAUUUCCUAAAAAGCAGAAUUUCAGUUUGAAUCUUAAGUUGUGAGAUAAUGAACUUAAAAAGAUUGUAGCUACCAUGUCCUCUCUCGGCCCCUGCACAUUUGGUGAUGGAGUUGGCCAUAAAAUUAUUUAGUCCCAUUCAUUCCAGUCUUUACCACUGGAGUGGACAGGGUGGGACCGAGGAGACUUAACAUGAACUUUUAUUCUGAAAGGGACUUGUAUUCAUAUAAAAACAGAACCUUGAGGCGUCAUUUAUAAGACAGCUUGCCUUUUAGCCAGUGAGUUUCAUUUUUGUUGUGUUUUCUUUUUUGAAUUGUUAAAAAGUAAUUUCAGUUGUGAUUUGUAAAUGACUUUUAUAUCUUUAGUUUAUCCCUUUUUAUUGUGUUUUAUGAAAAGAGAAGCAGCAGGGUGGGCUGUACCGUUUUAAACCAGUUUUACUGUGAAUACAUGUUACCAAAGGAGUUCUGCUGCAGAGACACGCUGCCUCAGAGCAAAAGAAAAGCUUUGUUUGAAAUGGAAAU